AUGGAUCGCGAUCGGAGAAGCAGGUACGAGGACGGCGAGGUCACUAGCUACGUCCCCGGAAGAUCCCCUGCACGACGCCGCUCGCGCAGUGCUGAGCGUUACCGACGCGAUCGGUCCCGCGAAAGAGACCCACGCCCCCAGAGCGACACAUGGCGCAGACGAGAUAGGACUCGAAGCCCCCCUCCUGUGAGGCGGCCCUCGCCAAGACGUAGCCCUUCAAGGCGCCGCAGUCCCAUUGGAAGAUCUCCCGCUAUUCGAGAUGAGAGGAGCGAUCGUGCCAGAUCGCCGCCCCGCCGCGACAACAGGGACAGAGAACGUGAGAGGGAGAGAGACAGGGACUUUGAUCGGCGGGACGACAGGUACCGUUCGUUGCCCCCCUUUGCGCAGACUCCAGUCUCAUUACCUAUUAGACGACGGUCGCGCUCGCCGUACGGCCGCGACAGAGGUCCUAGAGACAGAAGUCCGCCCAGAAGGUCGCCGGCGCCUGCACCUCGUGGCAACUACCGUCCGCGGUCUCGUAGUACCAGCCGCCGCGGCGGUGGCGAGAGAUACGUAGGAUCUUCUUACAGACGGGCGUCGCCGCCCCGAGAUUCUGGCAUCUCGUCAGCGAUCACGUCUCGAUCAGCUUCAGGCAAGUCGUCACCGCAUCUUCCUCCUUCCACCCGAGCACGUUCGCGGCCGCAAUCGAGGGAGCGUGGGGAGCGUGUCGAGCGGGUCGAGCGGGAGCAGCAGCGAGAGCGAGAGCGGGAACCCACACCGCUUCAGACCGGUGCUUCUGCCGCAUCAUCGUCCUCGACGAUGACGACGACGAUUCGCGAAGCACCUAAGCCUGCCGCAAACGCCACCGCAAACGCCGCCGUUUCCGCCUCCUCCGCGAUCGCUGCCCCCCAAGAGCCGGUCCCGCCGGUCGCAAAGACACCACCUCGAGGCCCCGCCGCUUUACGUGCUCCUCCAACCGGCCCUGCCGCGACCCGAAACUUCACUGCGCCCGCCGGCUCACCAGCUGUCCAGCCACCUAGACACCCGCCGACCCCGAGCGUGCCACCCUCGCGCGCAGACGCCGUUAGCCCGACGAUCCCCCCGGCUGGCCCCCGAGGCUACAUAGCUCCGGCCAGGGGCGGCGGAUACAGCGCUCGCGGUGGACGAGGCUCGUGGUCCGGUCCAUCCCCUCGUCAGGCCCCUGCCCCCACGACAUCCCCUUCUGCCAUUGGCAACGGACCAUCCACGAUCCCAACGGGUCCGCGCGCCAACCCCUCCAACACAACACCGUCAAGCACAUCGUCAGCACCCAAGGCGUUCAACCCUCCCACCGGUCCCUCUUCACAGCACGUUGCCGGAAACUCCCGCCCGACGCUUGCACAGAGCAUGCUCGCGACCUUGCCGCCCAUCAUUCCCGGCGGCAAGAUCGACCCGUCUCUACUCCCGACGACCACGGGCAUCACGAGGGACAUUGAGCCGCACUACAAGAAGCUCAAGGCGGAAGAGGAAAAGGCCCGCGCAGAGCUGGACGCGAAGCAGGAUAAGUUGCGGCAGAGCCUUCAGAUGUGGGACAAGCUCGAGAUGGAGUCCAAAGCGUGGAAGACGAGAGUGGACCUGAGCGAACAGAGCUUGAAGAGUUUAGCCGGCGAGGGCAUGGGCGGUGCCGCGUUCUAG